AUGGAUAAAUCUCCAAUUGAAUAUUUGAUUCCGUCGACUUCCCACGACAGUUUCUUUCUUUCUCCUGUAACAGCAGGUGAAAUUGAGGAAGAAAUUGCUAACCUAAAUUGUUCUAAAGCCACUGGUCCGUUUAGUAUGCCUGUUGCAAUUUUAAAAUUAAUUAUAAAUGUAGUGUCACAACCACUCGAGAUCAUAUUUAAUGCCUCGCUUUCAACUGGUAUUGUCCCAACAAGUUUAAAAUUAGCCAAGGUUAUUCCUGUAUUUAAAAAGGGAUUACAAAACUACUUAAAUAAUUAUCGACCUAUUUCGCUUCUUUCGAUUUUUAAUAAAAUUUUAGAAAAGCUUGUGUAUAAACGAUUACACCAAUAUCUCGAAUGGAAGGAAAUUUUGAAAGAUGAUUUAGUCGAUGAAGGAUUUGAAAGAUGA